UCAAUCUUCUCCCUCACAGAGCACCCACGUGAUGCAGUGCCACCCGUCGCCGCCGGUGCCUGACGUGGCUUCUUCCUCCUCGUCAUCACUGGGAGGAGCGGCGGCGUCUUCGGGGUCUCAGUGGGAUGACCUUGAGAUCCUGGCGUACCACAUUCAAUCGGUGGUGAUUUCGCGUUACGCCGUCACCACCGUCACCUGUAAGAUCCGCAACCCGACUUUGGAUUCCCGGGAGGCAGCUUUCACCUUCCUGCUGCCUGUCAAUGCCUUCAUCUCCAACCUCACCAUAGAGGCCGGCGGCAAGAACUACACGAGCCUUGUCAGGGAAAAGGAAGAGGCGAGACGCACAUACGAGAAGGCCAAGAGUCAGGGACGAAACACCGCCAUCGUCCACCAGAAAGAGCGAGAGACAUCCAAGUUCCGCGUGGACGUAUCUGUGGCCGAGCAGGACGAGGUGAUCUUCUACCUUACCUAUGAGGAACUUUUGGAGCGUCGCCUGGGCGUGUACUCCCACAAGAUUAACGUGCACCCAGGCUACCCUGUUCGGGACCUGCUGGUCGACGUCACCAUCCACGAGACGCGAGACAUCAACGUGGUGGAGGUGAAGAAGGUUCCCGGCGGUCCGCUCUUCAGGGACGCUGUGGCAACGUGGCGGGAAGGACUGAAGACCGCUCGCCUGCGGUUUCACCCCAACCAUGAGGGGAUUCCCGCGGAUGGGGUGUUGCAUGGCCAGCUGGAGGUGCAGUAUGAUGUGAUGCGAGCCCUGGAUGCUGGCGACGUGCAGGUUGUGGAUGGGUAUUUUGUGCACUUCUUUGCGCCCUCUGACCUGCAGUACACACCCAAGCACAUCACCUUUCUGAUCGACGUGUCAGGCUCCAUGCAUGGCAACAAACUGAUGCAGGUGAAGGAAGCUCUACAGCACAUCUUGACAGAGCUCAACCAAGGUGACACCUUCAACAUCAUCCGCUUCUCAGCCAUAACUCACAAGCUGGGCACCAUGCGAUACACAGGCACUGCUGUCAGGAAAGCCAGAAAGUACAUCAACAGCCUUGAAGUUGAAGGAGGGACAAAUAUUGAUGGCGGCCUUAAGAUGGCACUUUCUCGGCGGCGACCUCUUCCUCGGAUUCAUUUUCAACAUCCUAAUUAUCUGCAGGCGUGUACAGUCAAAGGCAGAAGUAUUGGACGCAAACCAGGCUAUCCUUAUCCACCGGAUGCCAUGGAACAAGAUAUAGAAAGUACUGUGUCAGACUCAGUGCGACCUCACAUCAUUGUGAUGCUGACUGACGGUCAACCUACUGUGGGUGUCACUUCUGAAAACAUCCUCCUCAGGAAUGUGAGAGAGAGAAACAAGGAGAAGGCAACAAUAUUUUGCCUCGGAUUUGGCCCUGGAGCUGAUAUGGAACUUCUUGAAAAAAUAUCCCUCCAGAACCAUGGCAGUGCCAGGAAGAUAUACGAAGACAGUGAUGCAGCAGACCAGCUGAAAGGCUUCUACCAAGAACUGUCUUCCCCAAUCCUCCUUGAUGUGGACUUCAGUUAUUCUACUGAUGCUGUUGUGGUGAACUCACUCAGCAACACUCACUUCUAUAAUUAUUUCAGUGGAACAGAGUUGGUGGUGACUGGCCAGACUCAUUCCACACAGCAGAGCAUCAAGGCCAACAUCACUGGACAGGGCAGGAAUGGGGAGUUCUUCAUGGGAGUAUCUGAGUGGAACAAUGUUGUUCCACCAGAUCAUCACCUUUUGAAUCACCUCCACUUAGCACCUACUCCCAAAAACUUUAUCAAGAGGCUUUGGGCAUUCCUGAAGAUCAAGAACCUGCUGAAUGAGGAGAAGGCAGCUCGAGGUGUCCACGAGAAGGCAUCAGCCCAGAAGAAGGCUCUCAGCAUAGCAUUAGAGAAUCACUUUGUCACACCACUCACCUCACUGGUGGUAGUGCAGCCAGAUGGAGAAAACUGCAAAGACUAUGAAGAGGAUGAUGAAGAUGAAGAAGAAAGUAUGAGACGAAAACCUCUGCCAUCAAAUGCUGCUGAUAAUACCUCAUUUCUCAAUUUUCAAGAUUCUGUUGCUCAAGGAUUCAAUCCUGCCACAAUACAAAUCCGUGGUGGUUUGCUGACUUCUGAAUAUGACUAUGAUGAACAUGCAAUGGAUCAUAAUAAUAUGCGUCUUGCAGAAGGAAAUUACAUGUCAAGUGCAUCCAGGAUUUCAAGUAACAGCUUAUGUGUCUUGCCUCUUUUGGUAUUACUUUUGCAGUUACUAAAUCAGAUAACAACAGCACAGGUCCACUCAACAGUCAAGUGACCCACCUCUGGUUACAGUGGCUCCUGAUCACACUGAGACAGCUCUGGCUCUCAACAGAGUCAACAGGUAAAACUAUCCAUAAAAUCAUUGGCAUUUAAAUUUAGAAAGUAUAUAUAUAUAUAUAUAUAUAUAUAUAUAUAUAUAUAUAUAUAUAUAUAUAUAUAUAUAUAUAUAUAUAUAUAUAUAUAUAUAUAUAUAUAUACAUACCUGGAUUCAUUAUACUACCAUGCAUCAGAACUUCAACAAAAAUAGUAUUUACAUUCAUUGAGAAUGUCUUUCCUAUUCUAAAGUUAUGGGAUAUUGAUGUGUAGACAGUAAUUAUGGAAACAGUUUACUCGCAAUGGUGACUCAGGUGAAAUCUCAAUGCACCAUUCAAGAAAACAUUGAUAGCUGGAGUGUCAAAGUGUGAAGAUUGUUAGUCCUUGUUCAUAAAUAUUUUGAGAGUAGAUGCUAGUUGGUAUUUGUAGUUAUAAGUACAUUUGCAAUGUGCCAAGGAUCACAGUAUGAAAACUGCCUUGGUCGUGAAGCUCUUUGGGAACAAUUUGUAAGGUAGUUUGCUGUAGCUGGCAGUGGUGAGGAUUACUUCUAGAGCCUUUGCUAGGAAGACUUGCCAUUCCUGUGAACAGGACUUCAGCAUUUUGAUGAUGUGGGUUGUUUUUUAAAGCUACUCUGAAUUUUGAAUUGAUAUUGAAUAUAAAAUUACUUUUAUCUUAUGUCAUCAUGAUUCAUGUGAACUGAAAUGUGCUGUGGUUGGCAAAAUGCAAAGAAUAAGGAAUAUUACAAUGAUUUGUUAUCAUCAGAAGCCCUUUACUCAUGGUAGAUGACAUGCACACAACUUUGCUUUGUCAAUAGAUAAUUUGAAUAUUUUUACAUUGAUGAUGCAUUUUACUGCCCUAGUUGGUUUCUAGUUCUCAGUCAGUGGGUGUUUGUCAUCAGCACUUGAUAGUUGGUACAUUCUCAGUACAUAUUACAGAAUAAAUUGUCAUUGAUAUUCAUAAAAAAACUGAUUACUGUGAAGUCACAUACAAGCAUCUUAUGUACUCAUUCUGCAGCGCCUAACAUUUAUUCUCUGGCAAUCACAAAGAAAUUAAAGUAAAAAUAUAGUAGCUGCUUAUUUAUUUUUCUUUGUUUAUUUCACAAAUGUAAUGCAUCAGAUACAGCCUCUGUUAACAAAAUGUUAUGCAUUCAUAUGAUAUUCUACUGAAUGAAAUAAAAGCCAUAUCUUGACAUUUGCCCUUUAAGGAAAAUAUCAGUCUGGAAUACAGAUAGAUAAAUUAAGAUGUACUCAGUAUGACUUAUUAACAAAAAGCUUUGUGCUCAUUCUUCUUGGUCACACUCAUUCAUUUACUUAUGUAAAAUUUUCUUCAAAUCUUAUUCAGUCAAGAAGUUGAUAUGGCAUGCCAUCAUUAUUAGGUAAAAAGCAGGUAGAGAUGCAUGGAUGAUAUAUGAGAGACUUGAAAUUGUAGCUGCCAGCAGAGUUGAUGGAUCUGUAUGGUAUAUGCCUACAUGCUGUAUACAUAAAUAGUUACUCUCUGUUUAUGUUAACCCUUACAAUUCCUAUGGUCUCAUAUAUAAAUAAAAGUGUGUACACUAAAAAUUUAGUCAUAUGGAUAGUUGAAAAAAGUCUUUAACAGUGCCUUUUGCCAACCACUGUACUUUAUUUAAUACAUUUGGCUACAGCAUGAAACAUUUAUAUAUGUAAUGGGUUCCUUGUGGGCUUCAUACACAGUGCAGAAGUGAGAUCUAAAGUUAAGCUUUAGGACAUUCAUUAUAUUUUGUUAUUAUAUAAAUUUAUAUUCUAAACAUACAAAACAUUGGCUUAUGCAACUUACUUAGAUGUUAUUUUGGAAUGUUGUUCAAAUUCUUGUUAGUUUUAUACUUGAGCAAAGAGAGAACAUUUCCCUGACUACCUAGUUACCUUCAGUGGUCUGUUAUGGUGUGAGAAAUUGAUAUUGUGCUAAUGCUGAAUUUUCUUGUGCUAAUGCAAAGCUAGUUUUCUGGAAAAAAAAAAAAAGUUAAAGAGGGAAUUUUAAAUGAUAAUGGUUUGAAUAUAACACCUCUCAUUUUGCUGUCUUCGGUAAUUGUAGUAAUUUCCUGUGAGAAACUUUUGGCAGCAUAAAAUUUGUAUUGACAGGUCUCUGCUUUGGUUAUUUUGAAACUUAUAGGUUCUUUACAUCUAAAUAUUACCAUAUGCUGUUUUGUCAUGCCCAUUUAUUACCAACUGAUAAAAACAUGGACUUAAUUGAAAUUAUUUUCUGUUCUAACUUUUAAAUGUUAAUAUUCACAUUUAAUUCAUUGCAGUUCUGUUCUCAAAGUACGUGUGUAUAUGACCAUCAGUAACUGCACAGUCUCAAUUUAAUUUCAUAUACUUAAGAAUGUUUUAAAGUUUAAAUACUACAUCAUUGUAAAUAAAGUAAACUUUACAAACUAACAGAACUUGUAUUUGAAGGAAUGGUUGGAAUAGAAUUUCAUGCAUGGUGGACAAAUAUUUCUUGGGAGAUGAAUGUUACUUGUUGUUGCAGUACUGUAGGAGAAGUAGGCAGCUAGUAGAGUUCUGAGCAGUAAGCAAGAAAGCUGAACCUCAGAACUACAUGACUUGACACAAUGAGUGGCAGGAAGUGUCCCUGUGUCUGACGGCCUGAAGUGUGUGUCCAGUGUGCAAGGCAAAUGAUACAAUAGGAAGUAAGGAAAAGUAUUUUCUGGAAAGGUGUUUGUGACAGUGUACUUGUGGUGCAGUAGAAGGUACUGAACAACAUUUAUGGAUAUGGUGACUCACUAGAGCCACAUUAGCAGUAUCCUUCAUAUACACAGCUAAGUGUAUAUAAGUUGUAUUAUCAAUUGCAUUUCCUGUUUGUGAAAAUGAAGGUCUGAAAAUAUAAUUUUAGAAAUCCUGGAUUCUUGAAUUAACAUCUGCUCCACAGAAAAAAGAGUUAAUGAAUACAGAUCAGCAGUUCUCAAGGGCAUGAACUGUACUUCCAGGCAAUCGUAGGCAGGUUUUAUAUGAGGUUAGAAUUUGUUUCUGAGGAGAACGACAUUGAAGGCUUCCAUAUUAAAUGAUCAGUAGAAUGUUUAGCAGUUUCCUUUUAGACCUAUGAGAGUAGAUUUCUAGCUUUUGGUUUAGAUUAUCCUAUGGUUAAUGGUCAUUUCGUUUGCAUUUUCUUACCUAGAGUAGGCUGUCUUUUUCAUUUCAUUAUUGCACUAAGUUCUCCAUUAGAUGGAAUAAGUGGUACAAAAAGUGUUCCGUCUAUUGGAAAAUUCCAGGUUUGUGAAUAGCCCAUUAGUCAGAAUAUGAUGGAAGAUUUUGGGAGUAGGUCAUUUUUAUGUAAUCCUGUAUAUAUAACUAGCACUGUCAACUCUCUUGUGGCUUUCCUGAAUCUCAAACCACACAACUUUCAGCAUGAUUAGUGCACUUAAUUAAUCAGCAGUAGAUUGGGUAGAAAUUUAUCAGACAGUAGUGGGAGAAUCAGACCAGAUAUUUUCAACUGCAUUAUUGUUGUCCUCCACCAUGAGUCAGAUUUCAGUACCUUUAUGAGACUGCACACAUGCUUGACUUCAGUUACAAUAUUUUAAGAGCAAGGCAGCUCAGGAAGCACAUCUCUUAACCACAAUGAGCCAGGCCAUUGUUGGUGCCUGCAAGUGCCACAGAAGUUAUAAUGUGCCAUUUUGAUAUCCUUUCAUUGUACAGAAUUGAGUUUCAUUUUUUUUUUUUUUUUAUAUAGCUUCAUUAUUUAGAGAUGCUGUGAAAAUUACUAUCAAAGCUGUAAGAUACAAUCAUGUAAUGGAGACAGGAUGUUAACCAGGAGCUGAACCUGGAGCAGCAAGUAAUGGAUAUGAAUAGGAUCAUCAAACCACAAGUGACCACUACCUGCUGUCCAACAGGAUUUGUUAGUCCAUUGUCACAUCACUGGUAGUUUGUAUUAAAGUCAGUUGAUCAUCCAAAGUUGUUACAUUUCACUAAAGCUCAAGUCUGGCUUGGGUGGCUGGAUUGCAAGGAUGCAGCUUAGAUUAUGCUGUCAGGUAGUAACACGCCUCCUGUUAUUGGUGAUGCAAAGGAGCCAGUUGGAUCUGUAUCAGGCAAUGUUAUAACCUUGAUGUCAAGUCAGUCUGGCUUUGAUUAUGGAGGUUAUAUUGGUGUUGCUAGAUCAAAAUUGUUGAAUAUUUUUUUAAGAUGAUUAGGAAGGAGAUCAGAAAAUUUCUAAGUAGCAGAAUCUCUCCCAAAAAUCUCCUAAUGCAUUUUUGCCCAUCCAGAGAGAACUUAGUGUAUUAUUACUUUAGUUAUUAUGAUUAUUACUAUGGUGUGUGAGUGUGCAGAGUUGCCCUCAUUCAGAUCAAAGUUUCAGCUUGAGGGGGGGAAAUUAAUACUUGUGCUUUACUUUUAGGAAUAAUUUUAUAUGACUUUGCAUAGCUGAAAAUGUGAAGUUAUUCAUACUCCUUACAAUAAGCUUUUUUUAUUAAUGAUAAAGUUACUGGUGUCCUAUAUUUUCUUAAUAAUCAAUUUGAACACCAGUAGCUUUAUGUACUAUUUGUGUGAGUUUCUGAGAUGAUGAAAUUUAAGAUAAGUAAUGUGCCACUAUGUUGAGUCUGAGGAACACACUCCCUGUUCAAGGGGUGAGGAAGCAACAUUGCUGUUCCACCCUUCACUCAGUCCACUGAUAAAAAGGUGUACCAGAAAUGUAACUUGCAUCUAGUGGAUGUGGAAGACUAUGACUAGAAAUAAAAAUGUUCAUUCUAGAUUAUAAUGCAA